CGCAGUCACGGCUUCCUAGAUUAGGAUUCCUUGUCUUCCGAUCGGCAUUGCGACGCGAAUACGUCCGUUGAAUUGACCUAGUGCGUGACGGGAGAUUUUCUUUUUUGAAAUUCGCGCCACGGGUUCAUGCUAAUAAUAACGGUACUACAACUUCCAUGGCAUACUACCCGUCUUGUGUCGUCUUUAUCGCCAGUGAUAUGUGACAAAACACCCUGUCGAUAAAAAGUCACAAGUUAGUUUGUAAAUGAUGUCAUCAAGGUUGGUUAGGAUCAGGGCAAGAAUGAAUCAAUAGCGAAAGACAGCAAGCGCUAAGUUUACUAGGUAUGCUUGGCACCGCUGAUUGAUAAUGGUGUCCUAAUAUGGGUCGAGCAUGGCUACAAAUUGGAGCUGCUGUGUUUUUCUUGAUUACCAUGAGAAUUUGUUGUGCUGAUAACGACAUGAAUUUUCCGUCUUCGAGAUAUCAUAACAAAGUGAAAAGAUGGGUGCAAUGCUCCACCGCUGGAACUAGAAAUCAGAGAUCAAAAACGUACAUAAGAUUCGCCGAAGGAAAAUCAGACAAAGAAAUUCUCGAUGACUUGUUGAAACCAUCCCGAUAUGACAGGCGUCUGUUGCCUCCAGUUACAGGUUCACUAGUUGUAAAUAUGAGUGUGUUACUUCUAAGUUUAGCAUCCCCUGACGAAUCAAGUUUGAAAUACGAAGUAGAAUUUUUACUGCAACAACAAUGGUACGACCCACGAUUGAAAUACACAAACCAAAGCAAGUUCGACUACUUGAACGCCAUCCAUCAUCACGAAUUUAUGUGGCUGCCGGACACCUAUUUCAUUAUGCAUGGGGACUUUAAAGAACCUCUCAUUCCCGUACAUUUCGCCCUCAGGAUAUAUAGAAAUGGUACCGUGCAUUAUGUCAUGAGGCGUCAUCUCAUUUUGUCGUGUCAAGGUCGAUUAAACGUUUUCCCAUUUGACGAUCCAAAGUGCGUAUUUGCCAUGGAAAGUAUUUCAUACGAACAAUCUUUAAUUAAAUACGUAUGGAAAAACGACGAAACAACGCUGAGAAAGUCGCCGAGUUUGACAACCCUAAACGCGUACCUUAUUUCUAACAAAACCAUCGACUGUCCCACCAAGGCAAGCUGGAGGGAGAACUUCAGCUGCCUGAGGGUAGAAUUAGAGUUCACCCGUGACAGAGCGUUUUAUUUUACAACCGUGUUCAUCCCAGGAAUUAUACUGGUCACUUCUUCGUUUAUUACGUUUUGGUUAGAAUGGAACGCUGUUCCAGCUAGAGUAAUGAUAGGUGUAACUACAAUGCUCAACUUUUUCACUACAUCGAAUGGUUUUCGAUCGACAUUACCUGUUGUGUCCAAUUUAACCGCCAUGAAUGUAUGGGAUGGCGUUUGUAUGUGUUUCAUAUACGCAUCAUUGUUGGAGUUUGUUUGUGUGAAUUACGUUGGAAGAAAGAGGCCUUUACAUAACGUAGUCUAUAGGCCAGGGGAAAACCCCUUUACCCAGCGACUGCCCGCUGUUCUAAGCAGGAUAGGCAUUAUACUCGCCAGUCCCUUGGGUGACAAGAAAAGGGACUCCAAUGUACCCAACGAAAUAGUCGCCUGUAGCACGUGCGGAGCCAGCACUUGUACGCACACCGCAAAUAACGGAUGUCCCACAGAGGCAUGUAUUUUACAGGUUCGCAAGAAGGAGCCCCCCCAUCCCAUACGUGUGGCAAAAACAAUAGACGUUAUAGCACGUGUAACGUUCCCAUCUGCCUUUGCAGUGUUUCUCAUUUUUUUUUUCUGCCACUACAAGAGCUUCACAAUCCCACAACACGGAGAAUAGACCAGAAAAUAACAACAACAACAACGAAAACAAUAGUACCUAAUGUCACUUCUAGUCUUUUAGUUUAAUAAGAUAAUCGCGAAAUACUAAAGGCGAAAAUUGACCUUUAUGAAACGA